GGUACAAGCUAGUUGUUGCAUUGAAAGCCAGCUUCUAAAGUUUACGGUUUAAGUCGUCAGAAGAUUGGUGGAUAAUAAACAGCAUGGGAACUUUAAAUGUCGAUGCUGAUGCAGCAAAGAAGCAAUCGGAUGUAAUUCGCUGGUUGAAUAGUCUGUUCCUGGAUUUGAAUAUGCCUGUGGAAUCCUCCAAAGAAGAACUGAGAGCGUGGCUGUUGGAUGGUACAGUUUUAUGUGGGGUUCUGAGCCGGAUCAGUCCAUCUUUCUCCGUGAGUCCAAGAGAUUCUUCUAAUUCUUCUGAUAAGCAAUUGAUCAACAUCAAAAAGUUCAUUUCAGUCAUGGAGGAAAUGGGAUUGCCGAGUUUUAGAGUUGCAGACCUGGAGCAGGGAUCUAUCUCUGGAGUUGUUGAAUGUCUUUUGUCCCUCAGAGAUCACUUGAAUUCAAAAGUUAUGGAAGAUUGUGCUGCCAACUAUGAUGAACCUGUGAUCCAGCUAAGAAAGAGGUGGAACCUUCCAGAAGAAUCAUCAUUUGCCUUUCAUUAUGCUGGACAUAAUUUUCCCGAAGCUUGCCAAUUAGGACAAGGGCAUGUUUCUGAUCUUUCAUCUGCUAAAAUUAUAGAGGUGCUAAAGUCAAACAGUUUAGAUAGUGCCCCAGCUCAAUCACUUUUAAUCAUCAUAAAUGGGAUUCUUGAUGAAAGCAUUGAGAGAAGGAAUGGAGAGAUACCUCAACGUGUAGCACAUCUAUUAAGAAGAGUUGUGCAAGAGAUUCAACAUCGUAUUGCAACUCAAAUGGAGCAUAUAAAAAGUCAAAAUAAUCUAUUUAAAGCUCAAGAAGGGAAGUACUCAUCAAGAAUAAGGGUACUAGAGGAAUUGACAAAGGGGGCACAUGAAGAAAACAAGAUAAUCAUGCAACAACUCCUACUAACAAAGGCUGAGAAAUUUAAGAUUGAAGAAAGGAAAAGCAUUUGUGAACAAGAUAUAAUUAGGUUGUCCAACGAAAAAGAAGAUAUGAAAAAUGUAAUUGCAGAGCUUAAGAGGGAAUCGGAGACCACACACAAAAUGUAUUCACAUUGCAUCCAAGAAUUGGAGGAUAAAGCAAAGGAAAACAAAGCCCACUUAGAUGAGAAGACAAAGGAAGUUGAAUUUCUUUUGGAAGAUUCUAAGAACAAAAUAAAAGAACUUGAGGAAGCUUCAAAAGCUAAAUUUAAAAAGUGGCUAGAUAAGGAAAACAAAGUUAAAAAUUUCAUACAUGCUCAGCUGCAGGCAAUGCAGGACUUGAAGGAAUCAUCUAACUCAGUCAAGGAGGACAUCAUUUAUUCUCAAGUGAAUUAUCAGGAAGAAAUGACUAAUUUGGGCUUGAGGCUGAAAGGGCUAGCAGAUGCUGCUGAUAAUUAUCAUAAUGUUCUUGCAGAAAACCAGAGAUUGUAUAAUGAGGUCCAGGAAUUGAAAGGAAAUAUAAGGGUAUAUUGCCGCAUAAGACCAUUCCUCCCUGGUCAAAAUAUGAAGUCAACGACAAUAGAUUACUUUGGUGAGAACGGUGAGCUCCUUAUUGGAAAUCCUUUCAAACAUGGAAAAGAUGGACAUAGGAUGUUCAAGUUCAACAAAGUCUUUGGUCCUGCUGCUUCUCAAGCUGAAAUAUUUUCGGAUAUUCAACCAUUGAUAAGAUCUGUUCUUGAUGGCUAUAAUGUAUGCAUUUUUGCAUAUGGUCAGACUGGAUCUGGGAAGACGUACACAAUGAGUGGACCUAAUUCAGCAUCAGUUGAGGAUUGGGGAGUGAAUUACCGAGCUCUGAAUGACCUUUUUGAGAUUUCUGAAAGGAGGAGAAACAGUUAUUUAUAUGAAAUUGGUGUUCAAAUGGUUGAAAUUUACAAUGAACAAGUGCGUGAUCUUCUUUCAGAUGAUGGUCCCCAAAAGAGACUAGGUAUUUGGAGUACUACUCAACCAAACGGGCUUGCCGUUCCUGAUGCUAGCAUGCAUUCUGUCAAUUCGACCUCAGAUGUUCUGCAAUUAAUGCAUAUUGGGCAAACAAACCGAGCUGUGGGUUCAACUGCUCUCAAUGAACGAAGUAGCAGAUCUCACAGUAUUCUCACUGUCCAUGUUCGGGGUGUGGAUUUGAAGACUGGAUCUACAUCAAGGGGUUGUCUUCAUUUGAUAGACCUUGCAGGCAGUGAAAGAGUUGAACGCUCUGAAGCAACAGGAGACAGACUUAAGGAAGCACAACAUAUAAACAAAUCUUUGUCUGCUCUUGGUGAUGUUAUAUUUGCUUUAGCACAAAAAAAUACACAUGUUCCAUACAGAAAUUGCAAACUAACCCAAGUUCUACAAAGUUCUUUAGGUGGACAGGCAAAGACGCUUAUGUUUGUUCAAAUAAAUCCAGAUAAUGAAUCAUAUUCCGAGACUAUUAGUACUCUAAAGUUUGCUGAAAGAGUGUCUGGAGUUGAGUUAGGUGCUGCACGGAGCAACAAAGAUGGCAGGGAUGUAAAAGAUUUAUUAGAACAGGUGGCAUUUCUCAAAGACACUAUAUUAAAAAAGGAUGAAGAAAUUGAACGGCUGCAGAUGGUUGUGGACCAUAAAACUCGGUCUCAUGUGGCAAGAGAUGAGAAAUAUUCUGUAUUAAAACACUCAGCAUCCUCUACCUUUAUCCCUUCCCUAGGUGGAACAAGCACUACAGAUGCUCAUCUUAGAGACAGUAUGACAGUUUUUAGAGAUAAUGUUGCUUCACAUUUUGAGGACCACUGCCAUUGCACUACUAAUGGAGGGGAUAAAGUUCAGAAUCUGCAAUCUGGUGCUGACCCUUUGGGCUUCAGAGAUGCCAGUUUAGAAGACAGAUUAAGUGACAUAUCUGAUAGUGCACGCUCGGUGGGUAGAGAAAGUGAUGAUUCAGUAAGCUGUUCCACUGAUUUUGCACUUUUUCCCUACUCUAGCAAACCAGAAGAGAUGACAACAGGAAGGAUGCCCAGGGUUGAGUCAAGACUCUAUAGAACUGCAGGGAAAACAGGACAAUCAGUAUCUAACAAGGCAAAAUUGAAAGAACCAUCAAAAUCUGAGGGCACGAGGAAGGCAACAGGCAACAGCAGUCUCGUAAGAUCUUCGAUGAAGGCUACAAAACCUCGGCAGUAAGCAAUGUUGUGAGCAAGCAUGAUGCAUUUUACACGGCACAAGUUAUCUAAAUUGACGGAAGCACAAAUGCAUGCGCGUAAUAUAUGCAGAACGCCAUUCCAUGUUAUUAAUUUUUAUAGAUAUGGAAAGCCAACCGCUUGUUGUCACUUCUGCCAUGAUGCCAUCUUUUGUUCUCGAUAUUUAUACGAUAUGUGGUAAAGUUUUCUAUUCGCCCUCUGGAGUUUAACAUAAUUUUCGUAA